AUGGAAUCUUCAGACCUCAAUGGUAUCGCGCUUAAGGCGUUUGCUAUGGGGAAGGAUCUCUUCAAAAAGGGAAGAAACGUUGUCUUGAACGUAAGUGAAAUUGAAGCCAAAGUCAUGGAAGCAACAAGCAGCGAGGCUUGGGGACCAUCGGGAACACAGCUCCAUGAGAUUUCAGCUGCUACAAGUGAUUCCCAGCAGAAAAGUUUGAUCCUGCAGGUCCUUUGGGAAAGGUUCAAAGAACCACCACAGAACUGGCGCAAGGUGUACAAGGCGCUCAACGUGCUCGACUACUGUGUCAAGAACGGAACCAAGAGGUUCGUUGAGGAUGUCAGGGACAACGUUGAGAGGUUGGAGCCGCUGAAGAGAUUCGAGUACACGGAAGAGAACACUGGCAAGGACCAGGGAAUCAACGUGAGGGAGAAAUCGAAGCAGCUGAUCGAGCUCCUUCAAAGCAACGAAAGGCUCUCGGAGGAAAGAGAGAAGGCUCGCAGGGCCAGAGAUCGCUUCCACAAUGAAAAGAGCGGGGGGUUCAGCAGCGAGGAAUAUCGCUCCGGCGGAAGCUCGUCUAAGUUCGAUGACGAUGAUUGGGAUCGACCCAAGAGAGACACGGAGAAGAAGGAGACGUUCUCUGACAACAAGAAGAAGGAUGACGACGACGACUGGGGAGAAGAUCCGUUUGCCAACAAGUCGUCGGGAGGAGGUGCGAUCAAGAUCAACAUCAAGCCGAGCAACGCCAAGGUUGAGGAUAAGCCAGUUGCACCCCUUUCCGGUUCAGUUGUCCCUGAUCAUAAACCAACCCAGUCAAGAAGCACGGUUGAGACCCCUCAGCAGAACGACUGGGCGAACUUCGGCAGCGAUCCCUUCGGCAGUCAGCCCACUGCAACGGCUGCCAGCACAGAGCCCUUCGGCAACUUUAGUAACGAUCCCUUCGGUGGGUCUGAUCCUUUCUCUUCUGGCGCUGCUCCUGCCCAGCACAAGUCUGCACAAGACCUCCUUUCCGACGUUUUCUCUGCUCCUGCCCCUGCUCCUGCUCCCUCCAUGGGCAAUGGGUCGAACUCAGACUUCGGAUUCGGCAACUUCGUGGGAUCCAACACUCCAAACGUUGUUCAGCCUCCUCCUGCCGGUAAACCUGCAGGCGCGAAGGACGCCUUGUCGUCGCUUGUGAACCUCGACAGCUUGUCGCUGGGCUCCGGGAAGAGCUCGCAGUCCGAUGGGCCCAAGAUGAGCAUGAACACUAUGGCGAAGAUCGGACAUGGUGGCAUGCAAGGCAACAUGAUGGGAGGAGGCAUGGGAGGAGGCAUGGGUAUGGGCAUGCAAGGUAACAUGAUGGGAGGAGGCAUGGGAAUGCAAGGCAACAUGAUGGGAGGAGGUAUGGGCGGAGGAAUGGGCAUGGGAGGAGGCAACAUGAUGGGAGGAGGCAUGGGAGGCAACAUGAUGGGAGGCGGCAUGGGAAUGGGAGGCGGUAUGGGAGGCAACAUGAUGGGAGGAGGUAUGGGAGGCGGCAUGGGAAUGGGAGGAGGCAUGGGAAUGGGAGGAGGAAUGGGAGGCAUGGGCAUGGGAGGCGGCAUGGGAGGAGGCAUGGGCAUGCAAGGCGGCAUGGGCAUGCAAGGCAACAUGAUGGGAGGAGGAAUGGGAAUGGGAGGAGGCAUGGGCGGAGGCGCAGGUGCAGUCUCUCAUUCCACCCAGCAGAAACUUGGCCUCAAGGACUCUUCGGAUCCUUUCUCCUUCAUUUGA